GUAACUCCAGCUUUAGGAAUUGCGUCCUUAUUUUGAAGUUUUGCUUCUUGACUCAAAAUUAUUAAAAUACUUCGAUCAAUUAGUUUCUAUGGAGAAUACAACAGAUGACUAUAAAUGCAAUAUUUUAAUAAUUGGAGCUGGCUUAUCGGGUUUAACAUCAGCUCUUAGUUUAAGCGAGAAGGAGACAGGUCUCAGUGUUAAUAUCAUGGAAGCUACGCAAACAAUUGGAGGUCAAAUGCGUUCCAGCUCUUUGGGAGAAAUAGGAGCCAAAUGGAUAACAGAGGAUCAAUGUCAUAUAUAUCGCUUACUAAGACGUCUCAAUGUGCCCAUCAGCAAACGAAACUCAGUAGCUGUAAGGCUUAAAAGGUGUUGGGAGAUUGAUAAGGGUAUUUUUUCUUCGUUGGUCAAAUACGAGUUGGAACGAUACAUAGGCGAGUUGGAGGUUAACAUAGGAAAGUCCAAGGCAGGAUCAAAGAAAUCUUUCAGCGAUUUGCCAAUGCUUUCCCAUAUAGAAAAGCGUCUGUUCUUUUCUGCCUCGCGAAAAUAUAUGACGAAUUUGGUUCUAUUAAUAUCUGGCAUACAAGCCCAAAGCAUUAGUUAUGAUGACUUCAUGGGCAUUUGUUACACCUGCGGGGGCUUACGCAACCUGAUCGAUUUGAUAAGUAAAUGUUCCAGAUUAUACAGCGUGCCCAAUGGUUUGUUGGAAUUUUCCUCUAGAAAUUUGAUCAAUGAAAUUCUGACACGACUGCAAAAUACAAAGAUUUUAUAUGGUCGUAAAAUUUGCGAACUAUUUCAAUACCGGGACCAAGUGAUGGUACGUGAUACACAAAAUGUUUCUUACACCGCUGAGGUGGUAAUAUUGGCCCUACCUUGGAAUAAAGUUCAAGAUAUAAAAUUUUCGCCCCCAUUGCCUAGGGAAUUGCAAAAGAUUCCUACGGAAGUUGACAUACCUAAGAGGGUCAUUACCAGCUUCCUGGCCAAAUACAAGGAAGCUCAUUGGCGAAGUAAGGGAUAUACGGGACAGUGUUUGAGCUUGGAACCUUUUUUGGUGGCCCAUGAAUAUCGAGAUGCCACGAUGUGCGGACAACUCAUACACAAGGAGGGCCUUGAACAAACAGCACACUCUAUUAUUCUUCACAAAUUGACAGAGUGCUUUGGUGAUGAAAUGUUAAUGCCAAUCGAGUUUUUCCAGCAUCCCUUCGAAAUGAUUGCACUGGAACAUGCACCCCUUACCACAGCCUGGCAUCGUGUCAUAUGGUCUUCUUCUGAUGCAGCUGGAACCUGCUUUCGUGGCCAUUUAGGUGGUGCUGUACAAAGCGGUUACCGAGCAGCCAUAAACGCUCUUUUGAUUACAAGGCCUCAGGUGGUUGUGUUGCAGGAUAUAUCCGAAGUUCAAUGUCUAGAUUAUCUGCCCAGAAGUAGUCCAUCUUGGUUUUGUCGCUUGUUUAGUAGUUGGAAUUUAUACAAUGUCUCUUCGUAUACCGCUUUUAUAUGUGGUCUAAUUGUGGUUUUAAGGUGUGUUGUCAAAAAACAUUAAAAAAAUGUUAUCGAAAAUCAA